AUGAGGGAGGUUCCUGUGCAGUUUGCCAUGGUGCCAGCCAAAGGCCCUCAGAGGGGCUGUUCUCUGUGUCAUCGCGAGAUCGCCUGCAUCACCUUUGAGUUGCAUUUCCAUCGAAUCCGGUUUUAUUUGGUUUGUCAAUCGCCCUCCUCAUUUUCAUUUUUAUUUUUAUUUUUCCGUUUCAGAGCCACUCAGUACACAUGCAUGUUGCUUAGGUAUUUGUUAGAGCCUAAACCUGACAAAGAGAAGGUGGUAACGAAGCUCAAGAAACUGGAGUCUAGUGUGAGCACUGGCCGCAAAUGGUUCAGGCUGGGCAACGUGGUCCACGCUGUACAGGCCACUCAGCAGAGCAUUCACGCCACGGACCUGGUGCCCCGCUUCUGCCUGACACUCGCCAACCUGAACCGUGUGGUUUACUUCAUCUGUGACACCGUCCUCUGGGUGAGGAGCGUCGGGCUCACCUCCGGCAUUAACAAAGAGAAAUGGCGACUGUGGGCCGCACGCCACUACUACUAUUCCCUCCUGCUGAGCCUGGUCAGGGAUCUGUACGAAAUCUCCCUGCAGAUGGAACAGGCCGCGCAGGACAAGGCAAAGAGGGACAGGUCGCUCUCCCAGGAUCCUCUGGGGUACAGCGUGGCCGAUGAGGAGACAGAAUGGCUCCAGUCCUUUCUCCUGCUCUUGUUCCGAUCGCUGCGCAAGCACCCUCCCCUGCUCCUGGACACGGUGAAGAACCUCUGUGACCUCCUGAAUCCUCUGGACCAGUUGGGGAUCUACAAGUCCAACCCUGGCAUCAUUGGACUCGGGGGGCUCGUGUCCUCGGUCGCCGGCAUCAUCACGGUGGCCUGGCCUCACCUGAAGCUGAAGAUCCACUGAGGCGGCUCCAGGCUGAAGACUCGCACCUCUUGGGGGGACGGACAUUAGCGUUGGGCAGGGUCCAUGCUUGGGUCAGUCUGUGCUUAACGACUCGUUCGCAUGAGCAUUCAGUGACCUGGUGCGUGAGCGGAGGUCGGGCCAAGGAUGGAGGAGGGAGAGCAUGAAGAUGGACAUGUUUUGUGGAGUGCUGCGAUCACUUCCGAAUUUCUGAGUAUUUUCCCUUCGUCUGACACUCAUUGAGCCUCUCUUCUGCACAUAGUAGGAGCUUCGUGUUUGCUGAAUGAAUAAACAUGGAAAGAAAACAA